UAGAAGUUGAAGAAAAAAACGUUGUGUAAUCAGAGACAAAAGAGAAGAGAGAGGAGAUUAAAUGGAUGGGGCUUUGGAGAUUACGGCAUUCAGUUAUCUCUAGGGUUAGGGUUUUCUCAAAUACAAACUUCCCAUUUCACCUUUCUGCUUCUACAUCUUGUUUACUCAAAACAUCUUCACUUUCAUUCUCUACAAUUACUACUACUACUACGACAACAACAAAGAAGAUGCCAGGAAUCGAGCCGACGACUACAGAUUGGCCUGCUAACAAAGUGAGAGAGACUUUUAUUAGUUUCUUCCAACAAAAAGAUCACAUGAAUUGGCCGUCUAGUCCUGUUGUUCCUGUCAAUGAUCCUACUCUUCUCUUUGCUAAUGCUGGCAUGAACCAGUUCAAGCCAAUUUUCCUAGGAACUGCUGAUCCUAACACGUCCUUAAGUAAGCUCAAGCGUGCUUGUGAUACUCAAAAGUGUAUUCGUGCUGGUGGCAAGCAUAAUGAUCUGGAUGAUGUUGGGAAAGAUACCUACCAUCAUACAUUUUUUGAGAUGCUUGGUAACUGGUCCUUUGGAGAUUACUUCAAAACUCAAGCUAUUUCAUGGGCAUGGGAGCUUCUAACGCAGGUGUAUAAGCUACCCGCUGAUCGUAUAUAUGCCACGUAUUUUGGUGGUGACGAGAAAUUGGGCCUUGAAGCUGAUAAUGAAGCAAGAGAUAUAUGGCUGAAAUUUUUGCCACCUGCUCGCGUUUUGCCCUUUGGGUGCAAGGAUAACUUCUGGGAGAUGGGAGAUACUGGUCCUUGCGGACCUUGCACAGAAAUCCAUUUUGAUAGAAUUGGCAACCGAGAUGCUGCUUCAUUGGUCAACAAUGACGAUCCAACAUGCAUUGAGAUAUGGAAUCUUGUAUUUAUUCAGUUCAACAGGGAAGCAGAUGGCUCUCUGAAACCUCUCCCUUCUAAGCAUGUAGACACUGGAAUGGGUUUUGAGCGGUUGACUUCGAUUCUUCAAAACAAAAUGAGCAACUAUGACACGGAUGUGUUCAUGCCCAUUUUUUAUGCAAUCCAACAAGCCACCGGAGCUCGACCAUACUCUGGAAAAGUUGGAGCAGAUGAUGUGGACAAAAUUGACAUGGCGUACAGGGUUGUGGCUGACCAUAUUAGAACUCUUUCUUUUGCGAUUGCAGAUGGAUCUCGUCCAGGCAAUGAGGGUCGUGAAUAUGUCCUGCGUCGCAUUCUUAGACGAGCAGUGCGCUAUGGAAGUGAAGUACUUAAAGGUCAAGAAGGUUUCUUCAGUGGACUUGUAAGAGUUGUGGUGGAAUUGAUGGGGGAUGUCUUUCCAGAAUUGAGGCACCAUGAAGUGAAUAUUAGAAACACUAUCUCAGAAGAGGAAACAAGUUUUGGAAGGACAUUACUUAAGGGUAUUGAGAAGUUUAAGAAGGCUGCUCAAGAUCUCGAGGGGAAAGUAUUAAGUGGACAGGAUGCUUUUCUCUUAUGGGAUACAUAUGGGUUUCCUUUGGAUCUAACUCAGCUGAUGGCAGAAGAAAGAGGCCUGCUAGUUGAUGCGAAGGGUUUCGAGGAUGCAAUGGAGGAAGCAAGAAAUAGAUCCAGGAGUGCCCAGACUAAGCAAGUUGGUGGUGCUAUUGUCAUGGAUGCUGAUGCCACUUCAGAAUUGCACAAGAGGGGAGUCUCUCCAACAGAUGAUAACUACAAGUUUAUCUGGAAUAAGGACCACGAGAGUGUAGUAAAAGCUAUAUACAAUGGCGCAGAAUAUAUGACCAGUACUAGUGUUGGUGAUGAAGUUGGUAUUAUUAUGGAAACAACAAGCUUCUAUGCUGAACAAGGUGGUCAGAUAUUUGACACCGGGUCCAUUGUGUGCUCCUCUGGGUCAUUUCAAGUUUGUAAUGUUCAAGUUUUUGGUGGGUUUGUUAUUCAUAUUGGUUCUUUCACUGGAGAGACUGGCAAAAUUUCUGUGGGUGAUAAAGUGACCUGUAAAGUUAACUAUGACAGGCGUGCUCUUAUUGCCCCAAACCACACUUGUACCCACAUGCUUAAUUAUGCUCUAAAGGAAGUACUUGGUCCUCAUGUUGAUCAGAAGGGAUCUAUCGUUCUUCCAGAGAAGUUGCGUUUUGAUUUCUCCCAUGGCAAGCCCAUUCCUCCUAAUGAUUUGAGGAAAAUUGAGUCAAUUGUGAACAGACAAAUCGAUGAUGAAAUGGAUGUUUACGCCACAGAGGCAACUCUUGCUGAUGCGAAGCGUAUCAAUGGUUUACGAGCUGUUUUUGGAGAAGUGUACCCUGACCCAGUUAGAGUUGUGGCAAUUGGUAGGAAGGUAGAGGAUCUCCUUGCUGAUCCUGAUAAUAAAGAAUGGUUAACAAUCUCAACAGAAUUUUGUGGAGGAACUCAUAUCUCAAAUACGCGAGACGCAAAAGCCUUUGCUCUUUUAUCGGAGGAGGGAAUUGCUAAGGGUAUCCGCAGAAUAACUGCUGUCACAACUGGUGGUGCAUUCGAGGCAAUAAAUUUGGCGAAAGAAAUAGAUCUACAAAUUAGUGAGGCAUUCAAGUUAGAGAGUAGCACUCUCGAAAAGAAAGUAGCUGCUCUUAAAAAUCUGUUGGAUGCCGCAACUAUUCCAGCACCUAUGAAAGCAGAUUUGAAAGACAGGGUCUCCAAACUUCAGGAUCAAAUUAGAAAGGUCCAAAAGAAAAUAGCUGAAGAAAAUAUGCAGAAAGCUGUUAAGGUUGCUACAGAGAUGGCAGAGACUGCUAUUGCAGAUGGAAAAGCUUUCUGCAUAUCUCCUAUUGAUGUGGGUCUUGACCCAGCUGCAGCCCGUGAAGCAGUUCUGAAAGUUAUGGAAAAGAAGGGAUUACCAAUUAUGGUAUUUAGCAAAGAUGCAGUCACAAACAAGGCUGUAGUGUACGCCGGGGUACCUGUGAAUGGAGAUACUAGCAAAUGGUUAGAGGUGUCUGAGUGGUUGACAACUGCUCUUGGUCCACUAAAAGGGAGAUGCGGUAAAGGAAAGGGUGGUCUCGCUCAAGGCCAGGGUACUGAUGCGACACGCAUGAAGGAAGCCAUGGACAUAGCAACGGAAUUCGCAUCAAUGAAGUUGAGAUAAUGAUACUGCUGUAACCACCUGUCAGACUUAAUAGUCCCCUAUCCGUGGUGCAAAAGCUUGUUUUUAUUGAUUCAGAAAAUUGAAACUGGGAAAAUUGUGAAAAAAAAUUCUUUUUUGUUAUAGCAACUAAGUUAUGGUAGUUGGUAUACCAGACCCGCUUAUAGAGAAGAAAAAGCUAGUAAACUGAAUCUGUUAUACCGAGAAGAAAAGUUUGCCAUUCUAACAUGUCAUAUUGUGAAUGUAAAACACAGGUCAGAAGUUUUAUACUCCCUCAGUCCUAGUUUACUAGCCAAAAUUGAGUUUUUUUCAACAAAAGUGUACCAAAAAUUACUAUAUUUUCCAUUAAAAUUAUCUAAUUAUCAAGAAA